CGAACACAAGAUUUAUCAAAAAUGUCAAGAUACCAAAUCAAUCACCCUCGGAAUUAGAGGGGCAUCUAGUGCGGCUAAAAGGUGCCCUCACAAAUUCAUCACCGCAUGGUUAUUCUGAUAAUGAUCUAGCAACGUUGUCUUCGACCUGUCAAGGAGGCGAAGCUUCCUCUCGUUGGGGCCCUAGCGAUGCCGUAAUGGAAGCUGCAGUGCAGCACUAAUCUUUAACAUCUUCCCUGCUUUUUGUGCUUCUCCAAAUGCAAUCAACCAGCUAGUUGCGCAACCGAAGCGGUAGAUGCUUCUUCUGCGAGUCGAUUGAAUGGAGCUCAUUAGGGACCAGCACUGCUGUACCGUGAAGACAGACAGGUUUCGACACCCUGACAAGCCCCAAUUAUCCGCUGUCCAUGCACAUUUCACAGAUGCCUCUCGCCUCGUGACGCCACUAAACUCCAUGUCUAAUCCCAAUCCUUCCGCCUGCAUAAAGCAGAAAACAAAGAGCAAAGGGCAAAGAGCAAAGAGGAAAGAGCAAAGCUGCUAGAAGUGACUUUCCCCUGUUCCAAAGUCGCUGGUAUCUCAAUUAAAGGGCAUCAAUUCACCUCAAUUCCUAGCCCAGUAGUCUGGUUCUUGGCUUGGGAAGAGAUUAAUUUUCAAGAUUUGGGGGUUAGGAGGUAUUAAUAGACGAGAAGCAGAGGAGGCAGGAGGGAGAGACAUGGCACGGAGGCAACAGGAGAGUCAACGAGGUCGAGCACAGCGCUUGGCUCUGUAUCUGCUCGCGAUCUGGUCUUCUGUGGCGGUGGCGCACGGCGUGCGUCCAUCGGAGCACGGCCUCGCAAACCAGAAGGACCCAGGGCCAGCGUCGCCCCCCAUGGUCGCCUUCUUCCACGCCCGGCCGGUGGCAGCGCUCCCGGAGGCGCAGAACGUGGCGUGGACGCUGGUGCCGCCGGGCCCGCAAGGGCGGCGCCGGCCUCGGUCGGAACUUGUCGACGGAGCGGGCCGUGAAGCGAUCCUUGAGCCGGAGGCCCGUCUCACGGAGGGCCUUUGUGUAGUUGGCCCAGCUCUGGAACGACUCCUCCGGCAGGAAGUCCUCCUUGCUGCAAGAGCACAAGCGCCUCUUUAUCUUCCCGCCGGAGUCGUUUUCUCCAACACUCGCCAUUUUGCUGCCUCAAGCAAUAAACAAAAAACUAUAAAAAUAUUUUUUCCCCCAGUUAAUCACAAGGGAUUUGGGGGAUGAUGGGAAACAGAAGGGUCGAAUGGCAAUAAAUACAGAAGGGAGUUAGGCUAAGAAAGGAUUGAACUGCGGUUCACUAAUGACAGGGCGGCAGAAAUAGGAAUUUAAAAGAGAGUUUGAGGCUUUGAGUCAAUUUGGGAUGCCCAAAUUCCGACCCGGUUCCAACCAUGGGUUUCUGUUUUUGGAUGGCAGGCCAGCGAAGCGCAGUCUGUUUAUGCUUCUGUCGCCAGAUCUGCUAAUUGUUUUAGCAUGGUUAUUUUAGGUAAUUCAUAUUUUUCAUUUCUUUAGUAA